CCGUCGCCAUUUUUCGGUCUCGUACUCGCACUUCUGGUGGCUCGGGUGAGGGGGGGGACGAGUAGAAAUAAGGGAAAGUAAAAUAUUAUAGAAUCCUUAAGCCGUUAUCCUUCGUGAGCAGUCGGGAACUCACGCGAGAGCUCCAGCCUACCGCGCGGCCACCUGAGAUGCACGCGCAGGAGACAAGCCGCUGCUGUGAAAUCAUUUUUUGUGUGGAGACGUGUUGCGGGCCGCCAUUUUUGUGAUGUGCAGCCUCUAAAGUCGGCUCCGACUCGAGAAACGGGAUUCAAAAACACAUUUCCAUGACGUGUGUCUUACCAUAAGAUAAAGAAGAUACAAAGUAAUCAUUUCGUUUCCGACUCGCGGCUACUGGCGACAUUUUGCCGACAUGAGGAUUUAUCAGAUGAAAAACUGAGGCCACCUUUUCCGUUCUCUGACACUGACGUGUGAUACAUUAUUAGAAGAGAGAAGCCCGGUGUUUUCUCGGAAGGCGGAACGAAAAGGGGAAGCUUCAUUUAUCAUUUGUUGCUGCUUCGCUCUCCGUCGAUGUUUGUCUGUCGUAAGUUGUUCUGUUUCUCUAUUUUGGCCGCUCAAACAAUCACUCAGCCGUUGACUGCUGAACACAGGAACCACAUUAUGUUCCAAAGUUGGAUCAAGCCAGUCGCAGCCUGUCUCUGAAAACGUCAGGUUGUUUUUGGUUUCCUUAUAAUUUCUUUUUUAAAUCAGAGGUCUCUGGAGCCUGCAGCAGAAAGCACUCGACACAACCUCAGGGCGACGAAUGCCCUGCCCUGCAUCUUCCAAAUUGCUGUGAUUGGCCAAUCCCAACCACACGUUUUAACUUAUUGUCUAGCCUUUUUGGUUAUCUUUUCUUUCUUAUUUGUAGUCUUGUUACUAACUUAUUUUGAACAGAAAUGUCAACUGCUCGGUUUGAUUCAUCUGAUCGGUCCGCCUGGUAUUUUGGACCCGUGUCACGACAAGAGGCACAGAAUAGGUUACAAGGACAGAGACAUGGUAUGUUUCUGGUUCGAGACUCGUCGACCUGUCCCGGCGACUACGUGCUGUCAGUGUCUGAAAACUCCAAAGUGUCUCACUAUAUAAUCAACUCUUUGCCCAGCAAGAGGUUUAAGAUAGGCGACCAAGAAUUUGAGCACCUCCCUGCUCUGCUGGAGUUCUACAAAAUCCACUACCUGGAUACCACCACGCUGAUAGAGCCAGCCCCCAGGUACCCAAGCACAGUGAGCGGUCCCAUCCAGCCCUUGGGUGUCCCAGAUGAGAACCUAGAGUAUGUGCGGACUCUUUACGACUUCACUGGCAGCGAUGCAGAGGACCUUCCCUUCAAGAAGGGGGAGAUCCUGAUCAUCCUGGAGAAGCCAGAGGAGCAGUGGUGGAGCGCCAAGAGUAAAGAGGGGCGUGUGGGGAUGAUCCCCGUUCCCUAUGUGGAGAAAUUGGUACGACCUUCACCUCAUCCUGGCCAGCCUUCCCAUGGGUCUCGCAACUCCAACAGCUAUGGGAUCCCUGAGCCCUCCCACGCCCUCGUGCACGCCUACGCCCAGCCCCAGACUCCAACGCCGUUACCACCUGGCACCCCCGGAGCAGUUAUCAGCCCUCUACCCUCCAUGCAGAACGGCCCCGUCAUGGCAAAGGCAAUUCAGAAACGAGUGCCAUGCGCCUACGACAAAACAGCUCUGGCUCUAGAGCUCGGCGACAUCGUCAAGGUAACACGGAUGAACAUCAGCGGCCAAUGGGAGGGCGAGGUGAACGGACGAAGGGGUCUCUUCCCAUUCACCCAUGUGAAAAUCAUAGACCCCCAGAAUCCGGACGAGAGCGACUGACCCUAGUGUCGGCCUGGACCCUCUCGCCAGUUAUCGUCCCCGUACCUGAACCUGCUGGCCGUCUCCACCUCGUUCCCGCCAGUGUCGCCACGGUUACAUGCUUGCCUGCUUGGGGCUGUACCAUGAUAGCGACCCCACCGUUGUUGCCAACCGUUGCAAGGCUUUCUGACUGUUUACAGCUUUGGACAUUGGGUCCAAACUUAAAAAAAAAAAAAACCUGAUCCCACUCCUCCCAUCUCAUUAUCCCUUGACUUGGUUCCAGGCUGGCCGAUGUGUUUUUGCAUUAGUGUCCUUUUCAUUUCCAGAUCACUGGGCAUCAGUGUGUGUGUGUGUGCGUAUGUAUUAAGUGUCUGUCACAAUAGAUAUUUACCACAUUACAUUACAACAUGUCUGUGUUUAUUAGGUUUCUUUCUGAAUAUAUGUUUGAAGUCUUGGGGAAAAGUGUUUGUUGUGUCGAUGUUCGUACGAAGUAGGGAACAGCAACAUCCCCACGGACUUGGGAGAGCACUGAGGCGACGAGGAGCUAACCAGCCGGUCAAAUGUUAUUUCUCCAAACAAUCAAGUCACUGUUGUACCUUAACCAUCUCACAAGCACAGACACACACGCAGGUAUUGGCUGUGAGUUGUUCAGGUUGACAGUUUUUUUUUUUUAAUAUGUACGUGAUGCGUGACUGGAUUCAGGAGAGAUGGGUUGCACCGUGACAUUUUAGGUCCCAUGACCCCAUCCACACUUCCACCUGACUUUCAAGACUUAUUUAUCUUUGUUUAAAACGCAUAUUUCGGCCCUAUGUGAUUUCAUCUUUCUCCUAUUUGUGCCACAUGAUCAACUCAUGUUUUUUUUUUUGUAUGUGACUUGGAGAUGUAUGGUAGAGGGGAAACUUUGCAUGUCCACUCGGUACCUCUCUUGACUGCCCUUCACAUUAUUUUGAACUGAAAAUGCAUUGCUUCGAGAUUAGCAGGGUUUUUAGUGACAUCAGCACUAGUCGAUACAUUUCAACUUUCUGCAUAGGAGUGUCAAGCUUUGAACUAAAGUCAAGUAGCAACAGCCUUCUCGCUAGCACUUCCCACAAGCAUCUAAAAGGCUAGCUUAAAAAAAUGCAUCGUCGCAGCAUCGGCACAAAGACUGCGUUCUACUGAGGUGAGGGCAAAGGUCAGGAAAGGAGGACAUUUUUCAGCAAGCCAAUGAGAAUCCCAUUAAUGCCUUUUUUUUUCUUUCAGAGAGCAAGGUAAAUGCAUAUUUUAGCGCAUGCAAUCCCACUCUCUAACCUUGUGUUUUUAAUGCAAUGUUACUCCUGUCAAUUUAGUGUUUUUCUUUUUAGCUUUAGUCCUUAAAUAUUCGGUCCGUGCACAACUUUGUCUCAUUAUGCAAAUGUGUGGAAAAGCAUCUUUGUUCCUACACAACCAGUUUGACCAGUAGGAGCUGAGAAUCAAACCGUCAUUUAUUCAUUUCUGCUGUAAAGAAUGAACCAUUACACCCCCCCCCACACUCCGCAUAGUGCUUUCCAUUUAAAUCGAUUACCGACCCUUCACUCUGAGUAAUAUUGUGCAGCUUUUAGUUGGUUCCCAACUUUGAUCAUGUCAGUUUAUAGUCGGCUAUUCAUUCAAGCUUUUUUUUGUCAAAAUGAGUGAUGUUGUUAAACAAAAGUACGGACGGAGACAUUUACAAAAGGGAAAAUGCCUGCUGGUUGCCUCUGUGCAUGACCUCUUGGCCGGGUAGAUGGUCCUGCCUGGCCAAAUGCUGCUUAAUGUCAUUUUAUGUCCUUAUUAAACCAAGGUUUCUCUUAUUUGAAUCCCUCCUGGUCAAACCAACCAGCGUGGGUUUUUUUAUUCCUCAUCAAAAUUAAUGAAAUUACUAAUUAAGCAAUACACCCUGAUUCUUUCCUUCUCUUGAGGUGAACUUACUUUUGUCAUGCUUCUGAGUUGUUUUGUAAUGGCAUUAACAGUAUUACUGUGCUCUCUUCUCAUAUUCUAGGAAAGCCUGUCUUUUACUUAAGGAUUGAAAAUUGUGCCUUUUAUUUUCUUAAACCAUUUACAUGUGUUAAUAUUUCCCAUGGUUAACACCUGUGCUGGUAUUGACCCUUUAUGUACAGAACAAGUAAAUAAAAUUUACGUCUACUUCUUUAA